AUGGCUUACUUGCAAGAGGUGCCCCUGGCAGCAGUUCUGCUCACCGCGCUCGCCUCUUCCGCUAUUCCCUCGCCUCCGCCCACGCCGUAUCACUUCCCUUCCUCGUCCCAACCUUCACCUACGUUCACACCAAGCCCCGGAUCGGAUGAUGGCGGAGGCGGAAGCGGCGGAGGAAUGCACGAAUGGUCGUCCCUGAUCGGGAUCGUGACCGCGCUGGCAGGCAAUGUGUUGAUCUCCUUGGCUCUCAACAUCCAGCGUUAUGCUCACAUCCGCAUCGAUAAGGAGUGGGAGCAGGACAAGUUAAAGCAGGAGCUAGAUUGGAAACGCACAAACCAUGGCCAUAACAGCACAGGCGCAUAUGGGACUGUCGAUGACAGCGACUUUGACGGAGAAGUAAGACAAGGAAGGAAUUAUGUGUCUCUACAGGGUCGUUAUCGCGACGAAUCUCCAAGUUCCGAGCCAGAGCAUUAUGAGGAACCCCGCGGCCACUCCGGACGGAAUGGCCGUUAUCGGGACGACGACACGGAUUCACAGGAUCAUAUGCAAGAUUCCAUGAUAUCUGACCGGACUGCAAGACCAGGCAGUGAUCGAUUGCGCCGAAAAUCGUACCUUCGUUCUCCAUACUGGUGGGCAGGAAUUGUGCUCAUGUCUCUUGGCGAGGUCGGAAAUUUUAUGGCCUAUGGAUUUGCUCCGGCAUCUAUCGUGUCACCAUUAGGCGUUGUCGCUCUCAUCUCGAACUGCGUAAUUGCGCCUAUCAUGCUCAAGGAGAAAUUCAGGCAGCGCGACUUGUGGGGAGUUCUUAUCGCCAUCGCGGGGGCGGCAGUGGUUGUUCUGAGCGCUAACUCCUCGGAAGAGAAGAUCGGUCCCCAUGACAUCUGGGAGAUGAUCACGCGCUGGGAAUUCGAGCUGUACAUGGGCGUCUCUGCUGGAUUGAUUGUCGGGCUGAUGUACAUAAGCGGCAAGUAUGGGUCGCGAUCAAUCCUGAUCGACGUUGGAUUGGUGGCACUAUUCGGUGGGUAUACUGCGUUGUCGACAAAGGGUGUCUCGUCACUACUGUCCUUCACGCUGUGGCAUGUUAUCACGUUCCCGGUGACCUACCUACUGGUCUUUGUCCUUGUGUUUAGCGCCCUUAUGCAGAUUCGGUACAUUAAUCGAGCUCUGCAACGAUUCGAUUCCACCCAAGUUAUCCCAACUCAGUUUGUGCUUUUCACGCUCUCCGUGAUCAUCGGAAGUGCCGUGCUGUAUCGGGACUUCGAGUCGUUUACCGCCGAGCGUGGAAGCAAGUUUGUGGGUGGUUGUCUUCUAACAUUCCUGGGGGUUUACUUUAUCACCAGUGGUCGGGUUCGUGCAGACAAUGAGUCUUCCUUCUCUGUUGAUGACGAAGAAGAGGCUAUUGGUCUGCUGGCAGGAGAACGCUAUCGUGAUAGCGUGGAUAUGCCGCCUCCUGGUCCGCAAGGAAAAGUCCAUAAGACCGGGCGGAGGCUUCAUACCGCCUCUGAUGAUCUCCUACAGUCUCCUUCAGGGUCGCUCCUUAGUCACGGCAUUGAAGAUGUAGACGAUAACCAGCGGACUCCCAGGGGAAUCUUGUCAGUUGCACCAUCUUCCCCAGGCGGGUCGUUGACCGCCGAUUCUCUCGAACAACCGUCUUCUGAGCCUUCGUCGCCCUUGCAUGCUCGCUCGCUUUUGACGAAUCCAUGGGCAGACACUUUAGAAUCGGCCAUUCAGACGCCGAAUACCGAGCCUGCAAUUAUCCACCGUCCUGCCACACCCCCAACACAAUCGACACAUGCCGCGCAUGAGUCGCCAUUUCUUCUCCGCUUUCCUCCUGCCCCUGGCGCCGAGGAUGGUGAUCUGGAAGGUCCAACCCCCGGACAUGGACGGACGGCAUCAAAUAUCCGAAGAGCCGUCGUGCCGCAGACUCCACCAGCCCGGCAUUUACGCAAUUCCAUAUCAAAGUUCUCUCCUGGGCCCCUUCUUCCGACGAUAUCGGCUGGAUUCAGUGCGGUGGUGGCUGAAACGCUUCGCCGCGGCGAGAUUAGCCCUAGCAAAGGACGGAGACUGCAACACCGGAUGGGCCGGAGAAAACAGCUGAGUACGACUGUUUUGGAAGGAUUCCCUCGCCAUAGGGGCCGGGACGCGAGAGAGCCGGAAUACGAUUCGGAUGGGAAUGGUGAAGAUGGUCAUGACCUUCGAUUCCCCGUACCUAGCGGUCGACUUCGAUCUUCUGGCGACCUUGCCACCGCUCCAUUGAGUACCGGGAACUUGACUCCUGGGGUUAAUUCCGAAGACGGACCUAGCAUUCCGCGCGCAAAUGAUGCCACCUCACUCUCGCGGCUUCGGAGUCUAAGUGACUCGUGGAGCGGAGGUCUAGCCUGGCUCGGUGGCGUUCUCCACAAGCCUGGUGCGAAUAGAGGGUCGGGGAAUACGACGAGCAUCCGAGAGAAUGAACAUGAACAUAGCAUGGACACUCAGGGUAACCAAGAAGGGCAGGUUACCGACGCAGAUACGCGGGCGUAG